GUGUUGCGGAAGUGUGUUAGUCAGCUGAUGUGUGUGUGUGUGUAAGUUAAUGCUGGCUGCUGUAAAAGUCCUGGUUUCUGUAGUAUUUUGAGGGAUUUACUGGGUUUUCUGAUCAUGUUAAGACCUAAAGCUUUAACUCAGGUGCUCAGCCAGGCCAACACUAACGGAGUCCAGAGCACGCUGUUACUAAAUAAUGAAGGGUCACUUCUGGCCUAUUCUGGCUAUGGAGACACAGACGCGCGAGUAACUGCAGCUAUUGCCAGCAACAUCUGGGCAGCCUAUGAUAAGAACGGACAUCAAGCCUUCAACGAGGACAAGCUGAAGUUUAUUCUCAUGGACUGUAUGGAAGGCAGAGUGGCCAUUACCCGGGUCGCUAACCUGUUGCUGUGCAUGUAUGCCAAGGAGACCGUGGGCUUCGGGAUGCUUAAAGCAAAGGCUGAGGCCCUGGUGGAGUACCUUCAGGAACCAUUAACUCAAGUGGCAGCUUCAUAGAAAGCUGAAUCUUGAAUUGGUGUUUCUCCUGGGAUUUUCUCACGCGUCUGAAUUUUUUUGCUUGAUUUUGUGACAGUCUGUAUACUCUCUAUAACUCUCCAGCUUUAUUUAUUUGCUAAGUUUUUUCAUGCUUAUCUUUGGACAUGCUGUCAGUGCAGCUCUGCAGUCUGAAUGUGAGUUAUCUUUAAGCAGAAACCUGUUAACAGGCCUGUUUUACUUUAUGUCAACCCUGAUCUCUCAGUAUUUUUGUGUGAUUGCAAAUAACAAACAGUUAACAUAAAUAAGCCAAUAUUUGGUGAAAAAUAAAAACGAUUUGUUUUCUAAA